AUGGAGGAGGACGGCCAGCUGGCAGCCGUAGAGGCUGCCCCCAUGGUUGCAGUGGUACCAGACUCCUCGGUGGCUCCCAUCGAUCCUACGGCGGGAGCGCAAGAUUCGGAAGCGCCUGUAGCAGAGGGAACUAAUCACAACUGUGGAGUUGCAGAGGAGGGAGAGGACCAGACAGAAGAGGAAGAAGAGGGCAGCGAAGAUGAAGAAGAGAGCGACAGCGGCGCGGGGAUGCCUGAAGGUGAUUAUGGUGAGAGACUCGCGGAGUUACUGCGACAGGCGGAUGCGUAUUCAGCUCAGAUUACAGGCGGCACAGGCCCUCCGCAGGCACCUAAGAAGGGGCAGAGCACGCGAUCCCACUUGUUGACGGAGAAGGAAGAGGACGACUUGUUGCUGCAGGCAGCGCAAGAGGAGGAAACAGCGAAGGGAGCAUACUGCCGCUUGACUGAGCAGCCUGCCUGCAUCGCUGGGCAGAUGAAGGCAUAUCAAGUGGAAGGGCUCAACUGGCUGUACCAGCUCUUUCGCCUCAAUAUCAAUGGUAUUCUAGCUGAUGAGAUGGGGCUGGGAAAGACGCUGCAGUGCAUCUCUCUGUUGGGAUUCCUCAAGUACGAGCGAGGCGUCAACGGGCCGCAUCUAAUUAUUUGUCCGCGAUCGACUUUAGACAACUGGUAUUGCGAGAUUAAUAAGUGGUGUUCCCAGCUGCGAGCUGUGCGCCUUCAUGGCACAAAAGAGCAGCGAGAUACUAUUUUCGCCGAGAUGCUGCAGGAGGGCCGCUUCGAUCUCUGUGUAACAACGUACGAGAUGGUCAUCAAAGAAAAGAAUAGGCUUUCCACCAAGUAUAAUUGGGAGUACUUGGUAAUGGACGAGGCGCAUCGCAUAAAGAACGAGAAGAGCAUCUUGGCAGACGUCGUUCGGCGCUUUAGGCCAAAUCACCGCCUCCUCAUUACGGGAACGCCACUCCAGAACAAUUUGCGCGAGCUGUGGUCCUUGCUGAAUUUUAUUAUGCCUCAACUUUUCGACAAUACACUUCAUUUCGAGGGCCUCUUUGACUUCUCACGUUUCGGGAGCAGCGAGCAGCAGCAGCGCAUGAUCCAGACGCUGCAUCGCGUUCUCCGACCCUUCAUGCUGCGAAGGCUCAAGACAGACGUCGCAAGGGAUUUGCCACCAAAGCGAGAAGUGUACAUCUUCGUGGGAAUGUCGAAGCUACAGAAGAAGCUGUACGCGGACAUCUUAUCCAAGAAUCUCGAGGUGCUGAAUGCUAUGUCGAGCAACAAGACGCAAAUGCUUAAUAUAUUGAUGCAGCUUAGGAAGUGCUGCAAUCAUCCGUAUCUCUUUGAUGGGGUUGAGCCUGGCCCUCCGUAUGUGGAGGGGUAUCACCUCGUUGAGGCUGCGGGGAAGAUGCAUCUCUUGGAUCGUCUGCUACCUCGGCUUAAGGCGGAAGGCAGCAGGGUUCUUCUGUUUAGCCAGAUGACGCGACUGUUGGAUAUUGUCGACGAUUAUUGCAGAUGGCGGGGGCACGCUUACUGCCGCAUCGAUGGAUCGACUCCCGGGGAGGAACGGCAAUUGAAGAUCGAUGACUUCAACAGAGAAGGCAGCGACAAGUUCAUUUUUCUGCUCUCCACGAGGGCGGGAGGCCUAGGGAUCAACCUGGCCACAGCUGACGUUGUAAUUCUGUUUGAUUCUGACUUCAAUCCGCAGAUGGACUUGCAAGCCAUGGAUAGGGCUCAUCGAAUCGGGCAGAAGAAGAAAGUUGUGGUGUAUCGCUUCGUGACGGGCAGCACGGUGGAGGAAAGGAUUGUCGAGCGGGCUGCUAAAAAACUGAAACUCGACUCGCUGGUGAUCCAGAAGGGACGCUUGAGCCAGAAGGGUUCUCAGCAACAGGGGCCUCAAGCCUCGGAGCUUCAGGAUAUUCUCCAAUUCGGCGCUCAGGAAGUCUACAGGACGCAAGACGAGAGCAGCAUUACGGAGGCGGACAUAGAUAUCAUUCUCGCGGAUGCAGAGCAACGCACUGCAGAGAUUGAAGCCCAGCUUCAGAGCUUGGAAUCCAAGUUUGAUUUAUCGAAUAUCUCUUUGGAUGGGGGCUUGCACAUGUACGGAGGGGAUGUCACGCCGCACCAGCCUGGGAAGCCUGGAAGGAAGAAAGGCACAAAGACGGCUCGACCUGCGAUGUUUCUGGAUUUAGGGGAUCGCAAGACGAAGUGGAGGGGAGAGGGAGGUGCCCCGGGUGCCUUGUUGAUACGCAAGGAGAGACGGUUGGCUAGGCGACUUCUCACGGGGUGGCGCGCGCAGAUACACGGUGGCUAUGACUUCCAGUUCUUCGACACGGAGAAGUUGGACGCCUUGGACGCUGUGCAGACGAAGUGGACGGAGUAUCUGCUCAAGAAGCGGCACGAAAAGCACGAAAGGCGGCAGCGGGAGCUUGAGCUCGAGCGUGAGCAGCAGCAGCAGCAACAGCAGCAGCAGGAGGGAGGGGUUCCUGACGGAGCUGAAGACGACGGGACGGAGAAGAAGAGACAGAAGAUUGACGUGGAGGCUGUGAUACAGCAGCUCUUUGCAGAGGCGGGCGAGGAGACGGCGGCUACAGCGGCAACAAUUCUCCCUGCUUCCGAUCUCCUGGGAGUUCAACCCUUGCUGCAAGCCAUGGAACAAGCGCAACAAGCUGCUCUUGCGUCGCUUUUGGAGGGGGACGGCAGUCCGAAAUGCCGUUGGGCUGUCGGCAAAAGGCCCCUUAAAGAUUUGCUUCUGGAGCUUAUUGAGGAUGUGGAGAGCCGCGUGGCCGUGUCUGAGGGUGUGCCACUUGCAAUUCGCAUGUGGGGCUUAAGAGACAGACAGCAAAGGCAUUCGCAAGAGCGACAGCAGGAGCAGCUGCAGGAGGAAAGCCAGCAGCAGCCAAAGAAACGCGCGGGAAGGCCUCGUAAGGCUCGACCUCCCGAGCCGGAGGAAUGCCCCUCAGACACCGAAAGCGCUCUAGACGAUCCCAACGAUCCCGAUAGGCCUCAGCCCUUCACUGCGGAAAUGAAGAUGCAAAAGGAGCAGUUGCUGUCGGAGGGCUUUUUAAACUGGAACCGAACGGAAUUCACGAAAUUCGUGAGCGCGUUGAUUCAUUUCGGUCGGGAUCGGCUAGAAGAGGCUUGGCAGAUUCAUUUUAGCUCGACGAACAAGACGAUUGAGGAUCUCAGGCGCUACGCGGAUGUCUUCUUCCAGCGAUACCUCGAAGUGGAAGGCGGAGACAGAAUCAUGCAGCGUAUCGAACGCGCAGAGGAACUGAGGGGUGCAAUCGACCUCCAGCGGCGAGCAGUCCAGGCAACU